GCAUAAUGUCUGUUUUAAGCUGCAAGAUAUAAACUAAACUCAAAUCUGAUCCUUUCUCCUCCUCCUGUUAUCCUGCUGCUCUGUUUCUCAUCUCCUCACUUGUUUUACUCUGCAGAUAUGGCUACAGCUGGUAAGGUCAUCAAAUGCAAGGCAGCGGUGGCUUGGGAGCCCAACAAGCCCCUGGUUAUCGAGGAGAUUGAGGUUGCACCACCUCAGGCCAAUGAGGUUCGCAUCAAGAUUGUGGCAACAGGUGUGUGCCACACUGACCUGUACCACCUGUUUGAGGGGAUGCACAAAGAAGGCUUCCCAGUGGUUCUUGGACACGAGGGCGCCGGCAUAGUGGAGAGCAUUGGACCCGGUGUCACUGAAUUUAAGCCAGGGGACAAGGUUAUUCCUCUGUUCAUCUCCCAGUGCCGAGAGUGUCGCUUUUGUAAAAGUCCAAAGACUAACCAGUGUGUGAAAGGAUGGGCCGCUGACCGAUAUGAUGUGAUGGCUUUAGAAGAAACCAGGCUCACCUGUAAGGGGAAGAAGCUGCUGCAGUUUUUGGGGACCAGCACCUUCUCUGAAUACACUGUCCUCAACCAGAUCGCUGUGGCUAAGAUCGACCCUGCAGCGCCUCUGGACAAAGUCUGUCUCCUUGGUUGUGGGAUCUGCACUGGCUUCGGAGCAGCGGUUAACACAGCUCAGGUUGAACCGGGCUCCACCUGUGCUGUGUUUGGUUUGGGAGCUGUGGGUUUGGCUGCAGUCAUGGGCUGCAAGUUUGCAGGAGCCAAAAGGAUCAUUGCUGUUGACAUAAAUGCAGAGAAGUUUAAGAAAGCCAAGGUGUUUGGUGCCACUGACUUUGUGAACCCCAAAGAUCACAGCAGACCCAUCAGCCAGGUGCUGGCUGAGAUGACUGAAGGAGGAGUGGACUACUCCCUGGAAUGUGUUGGAAAUGUUGCCGUAAUGCGCAGCGCCUUGGAGUCUUGUGUGAAAGGUUGGGGUGUCAGCGUGCUUGUUGGCUGGACAGAUUUGCAUGAUUUUGCUGCCCGACCCAUUCAGCUCAUUGCGGGCCGUACAUGGAAGGGCACCCUAUUUGGAGGGUUUAAGAGUAAAGAUGGUGUUCCUGAGAUGGUUAAAGCCUACCUGGACAGGAAGGUGAAGCUGGAUGAGUUCAUCACUCACAACAUGACUUUGGACCAAGUCAAUGAUGCAAUCAAACUGAUGAAGCACGGCCAGUGCAUCCGGACGGUCCUGAGCGUUUCUCAACCCUGAGACAACAAAGCUGCUUUCAAAAUGUUCAAAUCCACCAGAACCAUCAGAAAAGGAUUUCAUCAUGUGUUCAUAGUAUGCAGCUAAAGGAUCAUUAUUCCAUAUGAUUAUAUCUGAGUUCAUUGUUUGCAAAGUGAAACACUUUGAGAAAAUAAAACCAUUUAAUCUGAA